AAUUUAAGAUGGCGUAAGCGGCAUAACCUCACUUACUAAUUGUUGUGUUUGCGAAAAAAACGUAUUAAAUCAUUUCAUUUCGAUAAAACUCAAUAAUAUUUGUUUAAUUGUGAUAUUUAAAUAUUCAAUAAGUUGUUGACAUGGCGGACGCGGCUGCCAGACAGCUGCAAUACGAGUACAAGGCUAACUCAAAUCUCGUAUUACAAGCUGAUGUAAGGCUCAUAGAGCGUCGUGGUCGCGAUGAGGCCACAGGCGAGGUUUUGUCUCUCUCGGGUAAACUGACUGGUACUCGUAUGGGUGACAGAGCACAGAGGACUAAACCUGACAAAGCUGAAGAGAGGAAAGCAAAACGACAAAAGCGAGAUGAAGCUUCAUAUGAGCUUUCGAAAUCCAAAUCAAGAGUGGCAUGGGCUGAUGACACACCAGCUGGUGUACUGUAUCGGCCACGAGCUCAGCAUACAAGACAUGCAUAUGAGUUGCUGUUAGCAUUCAUGCAGAGCGCUCUCGGAGAUCAGCCGAGAGACAUACUGUGUGGUGCGUGUGAUGAAGUGCUGGUAGUCCUCAAAAAUGACAAAUUAAAAGAUCCCGAGAGGAAGAAGGAAGUGGAAAUGUUACUAGGACCUAUUCCAGAUGAGAGAUUUGCACUUUUGGUUAAUUUAGGCAAGAAGAUAACAGAUUUCACAAUAAGCUCUUCGACGGAGGGCAACACUGAGAUUGAUGAGACGUAUGGAAUUAAUGUACAGUUUGAAGAGUCGUCAGAGGAAGAUGAUGAGGAUGCUUAUGGAGAGGUCCAUGAUGAGGAAAAAGAAGAAGGUGAUGCGUCGGACAACGAGGAGGGCAAAGAGAGUUCAGGGGAGGACAGCGAUGGGGAGGGAAAGAAAAAUGCCAUACACGCUAAUCUGGGCGAGGAGGGCGCGGGCGCGCGGCGGCGCGAGGCGCAGUCGCUGCACGCGCUGGACAUCGACGCCUACUGGCUGCAGCGCCGCCUGUCGCGCCACUUCCCCGACGCCAUGCUGUCGCAGGCCAAGUCAUCGGAAGUGCUACGCGCAUUAGCAGAGGCAGCUGACGAUAGGGACCUGGAAAACAGGCUAGUGCUGCUCCUCGGGUACGACUGCUUCGACCUCGUCAAGAUACUGAACAAAUACAGAUAUACCAUUCUCUACUGUACAAAGUUAGCCUCAUCCCAAUCUGAAAGCGAGAGGGCCGCCAUAAGAGAGGAGAUGUCCAAACAACCACAUUUACAGAAGAUUCUAGCACAGCUAGACACGGGGAAAGGGGAAGAUGAGACGGCUGAACAAUCGGAGCAACCUCGCAAGCGUCACAAGGCCGGAACGGAACAGACCAGCGGUAGUGGUACCGUCACCGGAAAUCGGAAGAUGCUUCAGCUCGAGGAGCUCGUCUUCGCUGCUGGGUCACACUUGAUGGCCAACAAACGUUGUCAGCUGCCACCAGGGUCGUUCAGGAAACAGAGAAAAGGUUACGAAGAGGUCCAUGUACCGGCCUUAAAGCCGAAACCUUUCGAAGAAAAUGAGACUUUAGUUCCAAUCGAGAAGUUACCGAAGUAUGUACAGCCUGCGUUCGAGGGCUUCAAGACUUUGAAUAGGAUUCAGAGCCGCAUAUCGGCGGCGGCGCUGCAGUCGGACGAGAACCUGCUGGUGUGCGCGCCCACCGGCGCCGGCAAGACCAACGUGGCGCUGCUGUGCGCGCUGCGCGAGGUCGGCAAGCACGUCAACGACGACGGCAGCGUCAACGCCAACGACUUCAAGAUCAUCUACGUGGCGCCCAUGCGCUCGCUCGUGCAGGAGAUGGUGGGUAACUUUAGCAAGCGUCUCGCCGCGUACAACAUGAAGGUAUCAGAACUGACGGGUGACCACCAGCUAACAAGGGAACAGAUCGACGCCACACAACUCAUCGUGUGCACGCCGGAGAAGUGGGACAUCAUCACUAGGAAGGGCGGGGAGCGCUCGUUCACGAACCUGGUGCGGCUGAUCAUCAUCGACGAGGUGCACCUGCUGCACGACGAGCGCGGGCCCGUGCUGGAGGCGCUCGUGGCGCGCACGCUGCGCACCGUGGAGCACACGCAGGAGCAGGUUCGUCUAGUGGGCCUGUCUGCCACUCUGCCAAAUUACACUGACGUUGCAGCAUUCCUGAGAGUGAAGCCAGAGAAAGGGUUAUUCUACUUUGACAAUUCAUUCAGACCUGUAGCGCUGGAACAGCAGUACAUCGGUGUAACAGAGAAGAAGGCGUUGAAAAGGUUCCAGGUUAUGAACGAUAUUGUGUACGAAAAAGCCAUGGAACACGCUGGAAGGAAUCAGAUCUUAGUGUUCGUCCACUCUCGUAAGGAGACAGGCAAGACGGCGCGUGCCAUUCGAGAUAUGUGUCUCGAAAAGGAUACACUGGGACAGUUCCUCAGGGAAGGCUCCGCCAGCGUGGAGGUUCUAAGGACGGAAGCGGAGCAGGUGAAGAACCCAGAGCUCCGGGAGCUCCUGCCAUACGGCUUUGCUAUUCAUCACGCUGGUAUGAGCCGCGUGGACAGGACCCUGGUCGAGGAUCUGUUUGCAGACAGACAUAUACAGGUGCUGGUGUCGACGGCGACGCUGGCGUGGGGCGUGAACCUGCCGGCGCACACGGUGAUCGUGAAGGGCACGCAGGUGUACAGCCCGGAGCGCGGGCGCUGGGCCGAGCUGGGCGCGCUGGACGUGCUGCAGAUGCUGGGCCGCGCCGGCCGCCCGCAGUACGACACCAAGGGCGAGGGUAUCCUGAUCACAAACCACUCGGAACUGCAGUAUUACCUAUCGCUACUGAACCAACAGCUGCCCAUUGAGUCCCAACUCAUUAGCAAGCUACCCGAUGCUCUCAAUGCGGAGAUCGUGUUGGGAUCCGUUCAGAGCGUUCGAGACGCCGUAACCUGGCUAGGCUACACGUACCUGUACAUUCGGAUGCUGCGGCAGCCGGCGCUGUACGGCAUCUCGGCAGAUAAACUGCAAGAGGAUUCCCUGCUGGAGCUGCACCGUGCCGACCUCGUGCACACAGCUGCCUGCCUGCUUGACAAGGCUGGUUUAAUAAAAUACGAAAGGAAAUCCGGACAUUUCCAAGCUACAGAACUUGGAAGAAUAGCGUCUCACUACUACUGCACAUAUGAAACCAUGCAGAGCUACAACCAGCUAUUAAAGCCGACGCUUGCCGAGAUCGAGCUGUUCAGAGUGUUCUCUCUCUCCGCCGAGUUCAAGCACAUCACUGUGAGAGAUGAAGAGAAGUUGGAGCUACACAAGCUGAUGGAGAGGGUGCCGAUCCCGAUCAAGGAGAGCAUCGAGGAGCCGUCCGCGAAGAUCAACGUGCUGCUGCAGGCGUACAUCUCGCAGCUGAAGCUGGAGGGGUUCGCGCUCAUGGCGGACCUGGUGUACGUCACGCAGUCCGCCGCGCGCCUGCUGCGGGCGCUGUUCGAGAUCGUGCUGCACCGGGGAUGGGCGCAGUUAGUCGACAAAACACUGGCCCUGUGCAAGAUGGUAGACCGCCGCAUGUGGCAGUCAAUGUCGCCGCUGCGACAGUUCCGGAAGAUGCCGGAGGAGGUAAUAAAAAAACUGGAGAAGAAGAACUUCCCCUGGGAGAAACUCUACGAGCUCGGUCCAAACGAAAUAGGUGAACUGGUCCGGGCUCCCAAACUGGGAAAGAUGAUCCACAAAUACGUCCACCAGUUCCCCAAGCUGGAGCUGAGCACCCACAUCCAGCCAGUCACCAGGUCCACCCUCAGAGUCGAGCUCACCAUCACUCCGGACUUCCAGUGGGAUGAGAAGAUACACGGCCAGUCAGAGGCUUUCUGGAUCCUGGUUGAGGACGUGGACUCGGAGGUGAUCCUCCACCACGAGUAUUUCCUGCUGAAGCAGAAGUACUGCAGGGACGAGCACCACGUUAAACUGUUCGUCCCUGUCUUCGAACCCCUGCCUCCUCAGUACUUCUUGAGGGUUGUUUCUGACAGGUGGAUAGCAGCUGAAACCCAGCUACCUGUUUCGUUCCGUCACCUCAUUCUACCGGAGAAGAACCUACCGCCCACCGAGCUGCUGGAUCUGCAACCUCUACCUAUAUCGGCCUUGAGGAAUGCUAAAUUUGAAGAACUGUAUGCAGACACUUUCCCGCAGUUCAAUCCUGUGCAGACACAGGUGUUCAACGCGGUGUACAACAGCGACGACAACGUGUUCGUGGGCGCGCCCGCCGGCGCCGGCAAGUCCGUGAUCGCGGAGCUGGCGCUGAUGCGGCUGCUGUCGCGGGACGCGGCCGGCCGCGCCGUCUACCUGCUGCCGCGGGACGCGCUGGCCGACAUCGUGUUCGCGGACUGGUACCACAAGUUCGGGACGCGCUUCAACCUCAAGGUGGUACAACUCACCGGCGAGACGGCCACCGACCACAAACUGCUGAACAAAGGACAGAUCAUCAUUACAACCGCUGAGAAAUGGGAUGUGCUCUCUAGAAGGUGGAAGGUCCGCAAGAGCGUGCAGAGCGUGUCGCUUCUGAUCGCGGACGCGCUGCAGCUGCUGGGCGGCGAGGAGGGGCCCGUGCUCGAGGUGGCGCUCUCGCGCAUGCGCUACAUCGCCUCGCAGACCGGCCGGCCCAUCCGCAUCGUGGCGCUGUCGCUGCCGCUGGCGGGCGCGCGCGACGUGUGGCAGUGGCUCGGCUGCAACGCCAACUGCGCCUUCAACUUCCACCCCAGCGUGCGCCCGCUGCCGCUGGAGCUGCACGUGCAGGGCUUUAACAUCUCGCACGCGGCGUCCCGCCUGGCGGCGAUGACGAAGCCGAUCUACAACGCGAUCGUGCGGCACGCGGGCAGCAAGCCCGUGGUGGUGUUCGUGCCGUCGCAGAGGCACGCGCGCCUGCUGGCCGCCGACCUGCUGGCGCUGGCGGCCGCCUCCGGGGCGCCGGGCCGCUUCCUGCGCGCCCGCCCCGACCUGCUGCAGCCCUUCCUCAACAAGCUGCAGGACAAGAUGCUGCGCGAGACGCUGUCGGCGGGCGUGGCGUUCCUGCACGAGGGCGUGAGCAGCAGCGACCGGCGCGCCGCCCAGCAGCUGCUGGAGUCGGGCGCCGCGCAGCUGUGCGUGGUGGCCGCCGAGCUGGCCUACGCCUUCGCCGCGCACUGCCACACCGUCAUCGUGGCCGACACCUGCACCUACAACGGCAAGCUGCACAGCUACGAGCAGUACCCGGUGACGACGGUGCUCCAGAUGCUGGGCCGCGCCUGCCGCCCCCUGGACGACGACAGCUCCGUAGCAGUGCUCAUGUGCGCCGCCCACCACAAGACCUUCUUCACCAAGCUGCUCAACGACUGCUUGCCCCUGGAGAGCCAUCUCGACCACAGACUCCACGAUCACAUGAACGCUGAAAUAGUUACGAAGACUAUCGAGAACAAACAGGAUGCUGUGGACUAUCUCACCUGGACCUUCCUCUACCGUCGCCUUACACAGAACCCGAAUUAUUAUAAUUUGCAGGGCGUCACCCAUCGGCACCUGUCAGAUCAUCUGUCAGAGCUGGUGGAGACCACCCUGGCCGAUCUGGAACAGUCGAAGUGUAUCGCCAUCGAAGACGACAUGGACGUACAGCCGCUCAACCUUGGCAUGAUCGCCUCCUACUAUUACAUCAACUACACUACCAUCGAACUGUUCAGCCUGUCCCUGACGUCUAAAACGAAGAUCAGAGGCUUGCUGGAAAUCAUAUCGUCGGCGGCGGAGUACUCCGACCUCAGCAUCAGGCAUCGUGAGGAGAACAUCAUCAAGACUCUCGCAGCCAAGGUGCCGCACAAGCCGGCGACGCCGGCCGGCGGCGCGGUGCGCUACAACGAGCCGCACGUGAAGGCGCACGUGCUGCUGCAGGCGCACCUGUCGCGCGCGCAGCUGCCCGCCGAGCUGCAGGCCGACACGGCGCUCGUGCUCACCAAGGCCAUUCGCUUGAUCCAAGCCUGCGUGGACGUGGUCUCCAGUAGUGGCUGGCUCUCCCCGGCCGUGGCUGCCAUGGAGUUGGCGCAGAUGGUGACGCAAGCCAUGUGGGCCAAGGACUCCUACCUGAGACAGUUGCCGCACUUCACCCCGGAGCUGGUGCAGCGCUGUGCUGACAAGGGGGUGGAGACGGUGUUCGACGUGAUGGAGCUGGAGGACAGCGCGCGGGCCAAGCUCUUACAGCUUCAACCCUCGGAAAUGGCGGACGUGGCGCGGUUCUGCAACCGGUACCCCAACGUCGAGCUGUCCUACGAGGUAUGUAACCCGCGUCGCCUGCGCGUGGGCAAACCCGUGGUGGUGGAGGUGUCGCUCGAGAGGGAAGACGAUGUCGUGGGGCCCGUCAUUGCGCCUUUCUUCCCGCAGAAACGCGAAGAAGGCUGGUGGGUGGUGAUAGGUGAUCCCAAAAGCAACUCGCUGCUAUCCAUCAAGCGGGUAUCUCUAGGCCGGGCUGCGACCGUUCGCCUAGACUUUGUGGUGGGGACUCCAGGCAGACACGCCUACACUCUCUACUUCAUGUCAGAUGCCUAUCUAGGAGCUGACCAGGAGUACAAGUUCAAUGUGGACGUGGCUGAUGCUCCUGACGAUGAUAGCGACUCGGAUUAAGCAUUAAAUGAUGAUUGAAAUAAAAAAAGUCAAUUUGUAAGAAAUGA